CAUGCACACUGGAGUUUAUCGUUAGUUCAGUUCCGCGUAGAGAGCUUUAAAACAAGUGGUUGCUUAUUAAUCUUUAAACUAUUUUUUUUCUUUUUGUAAAAUUCUGCAUAAAUUUAAUGAAGCUCCAACUACAGUAGCAGUGACAUAGGUCUUAUCAAAUAAUAAUUAAACCAACAGUCUGAACGAGGAUUAAGAAAAUGUUUACUUUAUGUGUCUUACUUUUAACCCUGAUCAGCUGGUCCUGUGGCGCCUUCCCGGGAAUUCUUAAACAGCAAAUAAACGAUAGGCCGAUUAUUGGAAUACUUACUCAGGAAACAGAAGAUGACAACCUAAAACCAUAUGGGAAAACGUAUAUCCCAUCGUCAUAUGUUAAAUACCUAGAGUCUGCUGGCUGCAGGGUAACACCAGUCAAGUUGAAUCUGACAUUGCCUGAAUAUGAGAAGAUUUUUAAUUCAAUAAAUGGGAUGAUGUUCAUUGGCGGUGCAGUUAAUUUACUGACCUCAGACUUUGCCAAAGCAGCAGCAGUUUUCUACAAGCUUGCACUGAAGGCCUACGUCUCGGGAGACUAUUUCCCUUUGUGGGGGACUUGUCUGGGUUUUCAGCUGCUCACUGCGCUGGUUGCCGGGGACGACCUGCUGACCAACGCCACUGUAGAAAACAAGGCGUUGCCGCUCAAACUCACAGCUGGUGCAGAAUCCAGCCGAAUGUUCCGGAAUUUUCCUCCUGAGUUGAUGAAGUCUUUGUCCCAGGAGCCACUGACUGGAAAUUUUCAUCACUAUGGCAUCGCAACACAGACAUUUGAAGGAAAUGAGAGACUGGAAAGUUUCUUUUCCAUCCUGUCUACGAACAAGGCUAAGGAAGGAGUGGAGUUUGUUUCAACAAUAGAAGGAAAAAAAUAUCCCUUCUAUGGAGUCCAGUGGCACCCAGAGGUGAGUCGGUUUCAGUGGCAUCCAGACCAGGAGUUCCCUCACUCGGUGAACGCGGUGCGAGUGUCCUACCUCACUGCAGAUUUUUUUGUUAAUGAAGCUCGGAGGAGUUCCCACCACUUCUCAAGUGCUAAAGAAGAAGACGCUGCUCUGAUAUACAACUACUCUCCGCUGUACGUAGGAAAUAUCUCCAGUUACAUGCAGAUCUACUUCUUCUAGGGUUCCUGGAAGCAGUGACACACACAAUUACUCUCCAACUCCAACAGGCUUUCUCAGGUGACCCAGAAUUAAACUAAUGAAAAUGAGCCUUUGCGCUGAAAGUGUUGCAUAAUGUGUCUUUAAUAUGACAAGCCCAGUACUUACUGUUCCUGCCUUGUGUGCACUGUGCAGGUUUCUGUGGUAUUAAAAACACUUUUUUUAAAUUAUACACCGGAUGUGAAAGGAUGAGAUUAAAUAAAGCAUUUAUUUAGCCCACAGCUUUCUUGAAAAAUUGAAUUUAUAUAUAUUGUAACAGAUCAAUGAGGUGGGUUAAAAGCCUCCCUGCCAAGCUAAUUGUUUUUGUUUAAUUUAAUUGUAUUGUUUAAUUGUAUUAUUUGUUAAUUGUUUUAUUGUUUUGGCAGUGGCUCGUUAUUGUAAAUUAGAGUCAACUGCCAAUAUUUAAACCUACGUUUGGUUUAUAUAUGUUUGUGUAAAAGUGUUUAGAUGUUGUGUAUGUCAGGUAAACAGCUUAGUUGUCCUACAGGUUAGUCAGGGAGCUGCUUAUGUUUAGUAAGUGCAGGUAAGAGCUAGGUUUGUGUUUGUUUAUUUUUGUUUUAUAUAAUAAAAGUGCGCAUAAAGCUCUGAAAAUCAA